CCACGUAAACAGUGUGUUGUACUCGCACUGACACUUCUCUGUUCGGCUCCGUGCCGGAAGCAGCAUAAACAUGCCCGUUUCUACUGUUACUCCAGGGUAUAUUUGCUGAGAGUUAGAAGCAACCGAAGAAUGCCUCUGCAAAGGUUUGCCGCUUGUGGUUUCUGCCUGAGUUUCACCUGACACCGUGUGAAAGCUGGGAAGAGCUGGUUUUCAUUGUAAGAUGUCUAUGGUCCUCUUUGCCUCGGUGGUGCGGGUGAGAGAUGGCCUGCCCCUCUCUGCCUCCACCGACUAUGAACAGGACAAAGGGCUGCAAGAGACCAAGAAGCACCUCAAGAGUCUGUCUAAAAAACUCAGCCAGUUUCCUGACCGCUGCUCUCUUAAGACUGGCCAGUACAAUGUCAAUUUCACCAGCUCUCUGGGAGUGGGCUACCUAAUGGUAUGCACUGAGAACUAUCCCAAUGUUUUGGCGUUCUGCUUCCUGGAUGAGUUGCAGAAAGAAUUCCUCGUCACAUACGACACCAAGCGUAUUAACAGUGCUGUCAGGCCCUACUCAUUCAUCGAGUUUGACAACUUCAUUCAGAAGACCAAGCAGCGGUACAACAGUCCACGUUCUCUUUCUACAAAGAUCAAUUUGGCUGAUAUGCAGAUGGAGAUCAAGCUGCGGCCCCCGUACCAGCUCUCUCCUGAAGACCUGAGCUUCAUCAAUGGCUUUUCUCAAAGCACUGCUUCCAAAUAUAAAGGCAUAGCUCCUAAUCAAAUAUUGGAUCCUGUUACCUUGCCGGGUGUAGUGGCGUGUGUUCUAAGCAUUCUCUGCGGUGCACUCAACUUACUACGGGGAGUCCAUGCAAUAGAGAGCAUAAUGCAGAACGAGGAUGAAGACUUUAAUUGUGUAAUUGCCUUUUUCCUGGGAACGGCUGCCUGUCUAUAUCAGUGUUACUUAUUUGCGUACUUUUCUGUAUGGAGGAACAUCAAGUCAUUCCUGGCCUUUGCUCUCAUAUGCCUGUGCAACAUGUACCUGUAUGAACUGCGCAACAUGUGGCAGAUCCUCUUCCACGUCACAGUUGGGGCUUUCAUCACGCUGCAGAUCCACUUAAGGCACCCGCAGGGCAAAGCUCCUGACUACAAUGUCUGAACACACACACACAAUCAUGCAUAGUACAGUCCACAGAAGACUGAAUAACGAUGAUGUUGGCCCUGGGUUUUUUGGACCAUGGAAUUCCUUGAUUAUCAAAGAGACUGAAUGUAGAUCAACAGCUCAGGAUCCAAUAGUAAUUCAAUUAUUUACAAUGAAAUUUUGAAAAAAACAAAAUAAGGAUGCAGAUAUUAGGCAUUUCUUUGUGUUUUCUGUUCCCUGAUGUUGUUUUAUUAAAUAAAUGGUGUGAUUAUAGAUUAUACCAGAUAUGCAAGACUUUUCAGUUCAUGGUACAGAUGAAAUGUACCACCACCACCACCAUGAUUUGCAACAACACAGGCGUACAACUUGCAUGCAUUGUUUGGUUCUCUUACACAGACCUUUUGUUUAUUAUACUUUGAAUUUAUAAAGACACACACAACAGUGUUUUACACUUUAUCUAAAUCGUGACUGUCUUUAUCAAACCCUUUUAACCUAAAAGCGCACUCAGACCUGGCGUGUGCAAUGAGUACACUGUGUGCAGUUGUCUCAGUAGUCCCUCUGCUGCCUGCAGCUUUUUUCUGGAUACUGAUGGAUUCAACUCACCUCUUGCUCUUUCAUGGCAGAAGAGUGGCCUGCUAAUAUAUAGGCUUUAGCUUACCACCAGAGGCUUUCAGCUCUUUCUUAGCUCCCAGUGGGCACCAGCAAAAAAAUCCUGACAACUGAAUGAAUGCUUCUUGUUAUAUUUAUGUACCUGUUUGUAGAUUGUGUUAAGAAUCUGAUGUGCUUUUGAAUCUGUGCCAAGGAACAUCAGUAAAGGCUAAAUACUUAUUA